AUGAAUUUCCCGGUGUGGAGGCGUCAAAUUCAUGCCACACUUGUUGGGUUUAAUCUCUUUGGCUAUGUUGAUGGUACAACCAAGGAACCAGCCAAAUUCACUGAUCCUGCUCAAACUUCUAUCAACCCGGCUCAUUUAGCUUGGUAUCAUCAAGACCAAGUUAUUGUCAGUGCUCUACUUGGGAGCUGUACUGACACCAUACAGCCCCUUAUCUCCUCGGCUACGACAUCCCAUGAUGCGUGGCAACAUUUUGUUGCUAAUUACGUCAGUGCCUCACGAGGACGUAUCAUAUCCCUCAAGGCUAAACUCACGAGGAAUCCGCGAGGGUCUCGGUCCAUCACCACUUAUCUCAAUGACAUGCGAGCCAUAGCUGAUGAUUUAGCGUUGGCUCAGUGUCCCGUACCUGACGAAGGUCUAAUCGUCUAUGUAUUGACUCAGCUAGGCGAGGAUUACAGUUCCAUCACAUCGGCCAUCCGCGUUCAUGAGAAGCCUCUUUCUUUUGGCGAGUUGGCAGAUGUGCUGACUGACCAUGAACGCCAAUUGACAGACACAGAUGCUUUGCAUCAGUCCUUUUUUACUACUAAUGUUACUCAACGCACCUCGUCACUUCCGCGACGCAACCACCAGUCCAACACCAACCGGAGGGCCCGCAAUAAUAACAAUCAUUAUGGCUCCAAUCGGCAACAAGGGGAACACAAUCGCUCAGCCAAUUCAAUGACUAGGGCUUCUCCUCCCUGGACGUUUGAUAGUGGGGCGUCGCACCAUGUGACACCAAGUCUCGCUCCUCUGCAGACUUUCGCCGAGUAUAGUGGAUCGGAUGAAAUACGUCUCGGUGACGGUAAUUCCUUACAAAUAUCCCAUAUUGGCCAAUCUGUCAUUCCCACUCCUUCUAAUGUUCUCAUUCUAGAUAAUGUCUUGCGUGUCCCACAGUUACACACUAAUUUAGUUUCUAUUUCCCAGUUAUGCAAGACUAAUCAUGUGUCUGUUGAAUUCUUUGAUUCUCAUUUUCUGGUCAAGGAACUUCGAACGGGGAUUCCGCUGCUACGGGGAGUGAACAUUAAUGGUGUCUAUUUUGGACCAGUUGCCUCUCACCCAACAGUUCAUGCUACGCAGUUGGCUUGUUUGUCUUAG